AUGCCCCGCGGCGCAGAAUACGACGACGGUGUCCCUCACAGCGACAACGCCAUCGAAGCAGGCCAGACCAAGGUCCACGGUGCCGGUAACUCUAACAACCAAAUGGGUCGCGUGUAUAGAACUGCCGAACUCCCUGAGGCAGCUAAGGAGCUUUCCGGUAACGCCACGAGCUUUGGCGGCAGUGCUGGCCACUCCAGCGGAAAGGGUGGCCAUGAGCCAAAGUCUUUGGGAGAGAAUAAAGGUCUCGGUGCUCAUAAGGAUUGA